UGCGGGGCUGGCAGGGUCGGCCUGGGCGAUGCGGCGGGACCUCAGAACCGGGGGGAUGUGAGUGGAAACUUCGGUUCGCCGAGUUUCCAGACUCAGUGCCCCGGUCCGUACUCAAGCAGGGAGAGCUGCGAGCCGGUUGUGAGACGCGGGAGCUGAAACUCGGGUUGUCCUGGCCCGGCCUUGGGUAGACGUGUACCUGGAUGAGCCUCGCUUGCUGAAACCGCUCUCCCUUGGCAGGUAAGAGCAGCAGCCAUGGGGGACCCAGGACUGUCCAAGCUGCAGUUUGCCCCCUUCAGUAGUGCCCUAGACGUUGGCUUUUGGCACGAGCUGACCCAGAAGAAGCUGAACGAGUACCGCCUGGACGAGGCGCCCAAGGACAUUAAGGGUUACUACUACAACGGUGACUCUGCCGGCCUGCCUGCCCGCUUAACACUGGAGUUCAGUGCCUUUGACACGGCUGCCCCGACACCUGCACGCUGCUGCCCUGCCAUGGGAACACUGUACAACACCAACACACUAGAGGCUUUCAAGACUGCAGACAAGAAGCUCCUUCUGGAACAAUCAGCAAACAAGAUCUGGGACUCCAUCAAGUCCGGCGCUGCUCUUGAAAACCCCGUGCUCCUCAACACAUUCCUACUCUUGACCUUUGCGGACCUAAAGAAGUACCACUUCUACUACUGGUUUUGCUGCCCUGCCCUCUGUCUUCCUGAGGGUGUCCCUCUCAUUCGAGGGCCAGUGUGCUUGGAGCAAAGGUUUUCAUCAAAACAGAUGCAGGCCCUGGAGCGUGCGUAUGAUGAUCUGUGUCAGAAAGAAGGAGUCACAGCCCUACCAUACUUCUUAAUCAAGUACGAUGACAACACAGUGCUGGUGUCCCUGCUUAAACACUACAGUGAUUUCUUUCAAGGUCAAAGGACAAAGAUAACAGUUGGUGUGUACGAUCCCUGUAACUUAGCCCAGUACCCUGGAUGGCCUUUGAGGAAUUUUUUGGUCCUAGCAGCCCACAGAUGGAGCAGCAGCUUCCAGGCUCUCGAAGUCCUUUGCUUCCGAGACCGCACCAUGCAGGGAGUGAGAGACGUGGCACACAGCAUCAUCUUUGAAGUGAAACUUCCAGAAAUGGCAUUUAGCCCAGAUUGUCCUAAAGCAGUUGGCUGGGAGAAGAGCCAGAAAGGAGGCAUGGGGCCAAGGAUGGUGAACCUCAGCGAAUGCAUGGACCCCAAAAGGCUGGCUGAGUCAUCCGUAGAUCUAAAUCUCAAACUGAUGUGUUGGAGGUUGGUCCCUACCUUGGAUCUGGACAAGGUCGUAUCUGUCAAGUGCCUGCUGCUGGGAGCCGGUACCCUGGGGUGUAAUGUGGCUAGGAUACUGAUGGGCUGGGGUGUCAGACAUGUCACAUUUGUGGACAAUGCCAAGAUCUCCUACUCCAACCCGGUGAGGCAGCCUCUGUAUGAGUUUGAAGAUUGCCUUGGGGGCGGCAAGCCCAAGGCCCUCGCUGCAGCUGAGCGGCUUCAGAAAAUAUUCCCUGGAGUGAAUGCCAGAGGGUUCAACAUGAGCAUCCCCAUGCCUGGACAUCCAGUGAACUUCUCCAGUGUCACAUUGGAGCAGGCCCGCAGAGAUGUGGAGCAGCUGGAACAGCUUAUCCAGAGUCACGACGUCAUCUUCCUGUUGAUGGACACCAGGGAGAGCCGGUGGCUUCCUGCAGUUAUUGCGGCAAGCAAGCGGAAGCUGGUCAUCAAUGCAGCCUUGGGGUUUGACACCUUUGUUGUCAUGAGACAUGGCCUGAAGAAACCCAGGCAGCAGGGAGCUGGGGACCUGUGUCCAAGCCACCCUGCAGUAUCCGCUGACCUGGGCUCCUCGCUUUUCGCCAACAUCCCUGGGUACAAGCUUGGCUGCUACUUCUGCAAUGAUGUGGUGGCCCCGGGAGAUUCAACCAGAGACCGGACAUUGGAUCAGCAGUGCACAGUAAGCCGCCCAGGCCUGGCCAUGAUCGCAGGUGCCCUGGCUGUGGAGCUGAUGGUUUCUGUCCUGCAGCAUCCAGAAGGGGGCUAUGCCAUCGCCAGCAGCAGUGAUGACCGCAUGAAUGAGCCUCCCACUUCCCUGGGGCUCGUUCCUCACCAGAUCCGGGGAUUUCUGUCACGGUUUGAUAAUGUCCUUCCUGUCAGCCUGGCAUUUGACAAAUGUACAGCCUGUUCAUCCAAAGUUCUUGAUCAAUAUGAACGGGAUGGAUUUAAUUUCCUAGCGAAGGUGUUUAAUUCCUCACAUUCCUUCUUAGAAGACUUGACUGGCCUCACAUUGCUCCAUCAAGAGACUCAAGCUGCUGAGGAAAAGGUCUCUCAGAACCGAGCAGUGACUUCACUGAGGACCAGACCACCGAACUCAAGGAGGUCUUGCAGAUGGGUGAAAGCAAAAUCCUAUACAAUCAAUGUAAGGACAAUGGUGAGGGGUAGGGCAGAACCCUACCACCACAAGGUGCCAGAGGCCCUGGAGAACCCUGGGGAAUGCGGAGCUGAAGAUUGAGCACUUCCUAUUCAUACUGCAAACCUUGGCCAAGAACAAAAACCCAGAAGACUGUGAGGAAAGGCCUUCAUAGGAGCAAAAAUCUGUCAUGUCCUUGUCACACUGGGUGAGAAGCUGACAGAGGAAGAAGUGUAGACGCUGGUGGCAGGGCAUGAGGGCACCAGUGGUUGUAUCACCUGCUCAGAGCUGGUCCGCAGGGUGCUAAAUGGCUGAAGAGGGCCCCAUAUCUCCAUCCCAUGCCUUGCCCUGAAUGAGGUUUCUGUGUGGCCCCUGAGGCUUCCUGGGCUACCUUAUCACAGUGUGUUUCCCAUCCGGUCUCUUUUGGAUGGUGUUUGUUCACCAAGCAGAUUUGCUCUCUUUGUCCUAAAAAAAAAAAAAAAAGAAAGAAAGAAAGAAAAGAAAAGGAGAAAAGGGGGAAUUUAUUUCCUCACAGAAUCAAGCCCAAGGAUUCUGGACUGGGGCAUGGUUUCUGUUAAGACUGUCUCUGUCUCAGGGCUCAUCACUGUUGCUGGCUUUUUUUCUCUCUGCAGUGGGAUCUUUUUUUUUGCUGCCACCUAACAAGGAUCAUGGACAUAGACAACUCUAAAAUCUCAUUCUUUCUGUAGCCACACCUUUUGCAGUGGCUCUUAAUACAAAGGAUGCUCAGCCAGGCUUGGAUCAUAUGACUUCUCUGGACCAAAUACAAAGGGCAAGGAAGGGCUACUCUGUUGAGUCAGCUUGAACUAGGAGGGUGGGGAGGGUUGAUUGGCAGCCUUCCCUCAGAACCAGGAGGUUGCUGUAAGCAAGGGGAACAUUUCCCAUGAGAGGAAUAGGCUGGCAUGGGUGCUGGCCACACAAGGCACAAAUCCCUCGUAAUCUGUAUGCUCUUAAUUCUACUCCCAUGCCUGACCUUGUCCCUGCUUUCCUAGGAGUGACUGAAAUUGAGAUAUUUGGUACAAACAUGUGAAAUUCCAGUCCCCAGGAUUGCCACCAAGCUGGACUUUGCUUUCUGGAUUUACUCCAUCUUUUCAUCUCACCACAGAUACCAGAAAUGAACUCUUCAUUCAGCCAGUCUCAAUGAACUCGCUGUGUGGUACAUCACCAGCUCUCAAAAAAAGAAGGACAUUUCUGAGGUUGUAGUGCGCCUUCCUAUCUCCUUAGUCCCUAGAAGUGGCACUCUAGGGUUAAGUCUUACUCCCUUUCCUCCCAGCCCCACUACAAUAUCAUGCAGCCAUCUCCCCUGGGUGGUGAAGGACAGCGCCCAGCCCUUCUGCCUCAGUGUGGACUUAGGAGCCAGAGAGCCUAAGGCCAGUGUGUGGCCUUAUCUCUUCCCAGAUGGUCACGGUCAGGGUCAGUGUAUCUACCUAUGGACCUGAGCUUUUACUCUCCUCAGCAGUCUGAAAAAAUGACUUCCCAUGCUGCAACUUGUUGAUAAACUGGGAUCUGUAAUUAGGAACAUGAGCAGCACAAUACAGGCCUCACACAAAUGAAAAGUGUGGGAUUACGGGCCCCUGUGGAGUAUUUGGUACAGAAGGAGGAGGCAGCAGGAGAAGCUGGUUGCUGUUGAACAAAUUGCUACCAGAUGUUGAUUUCAAUAAACACCAUACUUCUGUUCCCCUGCCCAAAGGUGCUAUGAAUUUCUUGAGGCAAUGGAGCCAUCAGUAAACUAAAGACACUUCCAAUAUGAUGAAGCCAUAGGGUAUCCCCUGUCCCUGGGUAAUGAUGCCUGUGAGUCUCUCUCCCCUUCCCUGAAUUGUAUACCACCAUAAGAGACUUAAAAUGUAGCAGCCAGACCCCAUGGAACCCAAGAGAAUCCUGAAACCAGGGUUCAAAAGAAGUUGUCACAAGGGCCAGGGGUGAAAGAGGGCCGUAGAAAGAGAAUGCACAGUCGGAGUAUUUGAGAGCUUGCCCUGUGGUGAGCAGGCCACCAGCAUGCUAAACAUGGGAAGGAGAUGGGCCUUAAAGUGGCAGGUAAAGAUAAAUAGUGGACAGGCCCUGAGAUGUCCCUUGAGAGAGCACAGUGUGAACUUGUGACAUGAAGGCUACCCACCGUGUCUGCCCUCACUGCCCGCUGUGAUGGCCUGACAGAUACGCGUCAGGGACUUGGCUGUGCCUUGAAGGGAGUGGCAAUGAGAGGUGCAGUCGGUUUUAAUAAGACACUGGCAAGGUCCUUAUGUGCCCUAGAAGGGAGUGAUCUUGGGUUGGUGAUUUUCCUGCCCACUCUCUUGGUUAUGGCUCUCUAGCUAAUUAAAAACAAAAAGCCAAUCAAGCACAGAAUGACUAGCCUGCCUCCAUGUAGCAGCUGUGUUUGUAGCAUAAGCCAUGUGGUUUCCUCAUCUCCUUUCCACAAUUAGAUGUGUUCCUCAUGGAGGGCAAGGUCCCUACCUUCCCUCCAUAUACCCACCUUCAGAUGGCCAGGCCCUCAGAACUGCAUGCAGGGGUCAGCUAGAAGAGAAAGUAAAGUUUCCAGGGAAGACACUCUCACUGCUAAGACCCCAUUUCCAUGUCGCAUGUCAUAAGCAUUGACAGAGCUGCCCUGGGGUGACUGAGCUCACCCAGGAUGCCUUUGGCUGUCUACUGGCAAAGCACUGCCUGGUCAUGAACGCCUGGGGACCCUGUCGCAUCAGGAUAAUCUGUCCCUCAUUAGAUGCUAUGAUGACCGACCUGAGAGUUCACCCUCUUCCACAUGAUGUACCAAGCAUGAGUUUGGGUCAUCGCAUUUAAUCUUCAUAGUCAUUUUAUUUCACAGAUGAAAUUGAGGCACAGGGUGUCCAUGUAAGAUGCCACCAUCAAAGAGCUAGUCCAUGUCAGAGCCAAGUCACUGGCUCCCUUGCCUUGGUUCUUCCCCUCUCUGUAUGGCCUCUUACCUAUUAGAUGGGUCUGCAUGUAGCUGGUUGAACUCCUUUCUUUUAAAAAAUAAAUUAUUAUUUUUAUGCG